CUUAGUUUGCCAGCCUGCAAAAUCCAUCUGACGCCGUGCUGCUGUUUUCGGAUACGGGGGAAAAAACUGCUGAUGCUCCUGCGAAACAUUUCCCCCUCUCGUAUUCCCUGACGUUAUACACAGGCAACUCAAUCAUCAUCAGCGCUCAGGUAAAUAUUAGCACAUCAUCACUGACACACACACACUGCACAGCGCUGCACACGUCGCUGGCCUAAUGGAUCGGAACGGAUCUGGUUGUCGGUUCAGUCAACACACCCCGCAUUGCCGUUGUUCCUCAUGGUCCACUCUUUGACCACGUUUCGCUGUGUGUGCUUGUCAUACGGCUUCUUCCGGAUUUGGGCCCCGUGUUGAUUAAUUUUUAAGUGCCCCGACGACGGCAGUGUGCUGUUGACAAGGGGAACGCGUGUAUCGACGCAGCGUAACAAUAGCUUUGUCUUGGUUUUUUGCUAUUCGCACACAAAGCCGGGAGAUCGACGGAUGCCAGCAUCGAUUGAUGGGGUUUAUCGACCAGGAAUGACUGGAUGAAAACCGGUAAUGCUGCGCGGAGAAAGCGCGUGUGCCAUCUCUCGCUGAUGCCCAGCCGGUGACGCAAUCGGAUAGCCACCAUUGGCGUGUUUGUUCACGUCGUCCACUUGCUGUAUAUCCACUGCACAGCCAAAUCCGUCCCUGUUUGAUCUAUCGUAGAUUCGCACUGAACAUAAUGGCGCGAUAAUCGCCGCACUGAUCCCCGCAGCUUACUCGGUAAAGAAGAAAUAAUUUCCCCGAAAGUCGGCUGGAUUAUGAUUUUUUUCCAAGGAAGAUAGUAUGUGACGCAACGUGGUUGUCAUUUGACAUGGAGCGAUCGUCAUCCGCGGUUUGCGGUGCAGCGCGACGCCGUACCAAGAGCUGUCUCAUCUCACUGGGCUCCGUGCUGACCGUUGUCCUGCUGUAUGCCUCGUUCAACACGGCGGUAUCCUGGCAUGAUGGAGCGGAGAAGAAUUAUGUGGGGAUUAUUAGUUACCCGGCCGAUACAUUCCCCGAGGUUUCCUCCCCCCUCCCGCCCGCCACGGCCACCGUCAGCAGCAACGGCGCGCAGCCGGUGCGGACCUGCCCGGCACAGCGGAAUAUCAUGUUCCUGAAGACCCACAAAUGUGCCAGCAGCACCGUCCAGAAUCUGCUCAUGCGCUACGGGGACGCGCACAAUCUGACCUUUGUCCUGCCGCCUGACGGCAACUACCUGGGUCAUCCGGCCAAAUUCACGCCCAAUCUGUCGCUGCCGCUGCCGUCCAUGUUCUCCAAGACGGAGUACAAUCUGUUCUGCCAUCAUACACGCUGGAAUGAGAAUGCGACGGUGCAGUUGAUGCCAAAAGACACGGUGUUCGUGUCCAUCGUCAAGGAACCGGCUGCCAUGUUCGAGUCCAUGUACAAUUAUGUACGUUUACCGGAGCGGUAUAAAGUCUCGUUGAAAAAAUUCCUGGAAGCUCCGCACAAAUACUACUUUAACUCCACCGUCCGCGAUUUUGCGCGCAACCCCAUGAUGUUUGAUUUCGGAUUGGACAUGGAGGAUUUUGAGAAUUCCAAAAAAAUCAUCGAGAAAAUCCAGGAGAUUGACCGGCGUUUCGCCCUCGUCAUGAUCGCCGAACAUAUGGAAGAAUCUCUGGUCUUGUUGCGUCAGUUGCUCUGCUGGUCAUGGGACGAUGUGGUUGUCUUCCGGCUGAAUGCCCGGAAGGCGCAGUACAAGGAGAAACUGUCGACGAAUCUGCAGGAACGCGCUCGCAAAUGGAAUCGCGCCGAUAGUGCCUUGUACGAGUAUUUACUGCAGAAGUUUCAUGACCAUCGUAAAAAUUACGGGAUAGAAAAACUGGGGCAGGAUGUGGAGACACUGCGGGAGGUCACACGGUCCUGGUAUGAGUUCUGUGUGCAAGCGGAGAUCUCCAAAAAUGACACCACUGAUCUCAGAUUUCAAGUCUGGCACCCUGCGGUGAGUGGUUUCCGACUGAGCGCCGCCGGCCUCCGCAACGCCACCUGCAUCCGGCUGGCCAUGGCGGAAAAUCCCUUCACCGAUGCGCUGCGCAUGAAACUCUGGCCAGUGCAAACGACGCUGAUGCUGCAGCGCCGCGGCGGUGUCAGUGAUAACACGGCCAAGAUAAUCGCCCGCACGAAAACCGAAUUCUGGUGACGGAAAUCCGGUGUAACAGCACCGCGUGCAAUGCAUCGUGCUGGGAGUAUAUUGCUAAAUUAAAUUGUCUCAAGAUGUCUGUGAUUAUCUUCUUCUUUCCCCGGAUUUACCUAUUUGAUUGUGUAUUUGCGCUGUGGUAAUGGUAGUAUUCUGAUGAUAUUCUUCCCUAUCUUCGAACCUUUUCUUUUUGCAGUUGUUCCCUUCGCGUUUUUCCAUGUUUUAUAUGGUACGCAAUUUGUUUUUGAAUUAUUAGCGAUUAAAGCUGGGUA